AUGCAGGAAAUUCAUGCUGGAGAAUGUGGUGAACUCCAAGGAAUGAAGUGGCUUUAUCGACAGUUGCUAAAUGUUGGGUAUUAUUGGCAUACUAUGAAGAAUGAUGCAUACAACUUCGUGAAGAAGUGCCACACAGGCCAAGUCCAUGCCAAUCUAAGUCACAAGCCUCCCACGUUGCUGCAGGACAUGCGCACUCCUUGGCCCUUUCACACUUGGGGGCUUGACUUGAUCAGGACUAUCCAUCCACUGUCUGACGGUUACAUAUGGAUCCUCACAGCCACUGAAUAUUUCACAAAGUGGGUUGAGGCGGUUUCUCUUCGAAAGGCUAAGGGGCUGCCAUCGCAAAUUUCAUCCGUGAAUACAUCGCGUGCAGAUUCGGAAUCCCAUACAAGAUCGUCACCGACAAUGGUACCCCGUUUGUUAACAAGCAAUGUCAAGCAUCGUUGCUCCACGCCCUAUUACCCACAAGGAAAUGGUCAAGCAGAGGCCACAAACAAGACUUUAUUGAGGAUCCUAAGCAAAAUGGUCUAUGAGAAUGAAGGAGGUUGGAGUGUUCACUUGCCGGAUGCUUUAUGGGCUUACCGCACCUCUCCAAGAAGUGCCACAGGUUUCUCGCCUUAUUCACUUGUGUAUGGGUUCGAUUCCAUUUCACCGGUAGAGAUUACCAUCCCCACUGCCCGAGUAUCAGCUGUUAAUGACCUGGAAUGGGAUACAAAGUCAUGCUCGGAUUGGCGCCUGUUGGACCUCGAAGCUUUGGAUGAAAAAAGAGCGGAAGCCGAAAGGAGGACAUCGUUGUACCACAAAACUGUAGCCCAAGCUUACAAUAGGACAGUCAAACCUCGAUCCUUCAAGCAAGGAGACCUCGUGCUAAAAGUCGUGGAGCAUGUAAGAAGACAAGUGUCCGGACCUUCCAAGUUUGCCCCGCAAUGGGAAGGCCCAUUCACAGUCAAAGAGGUUUACAGCAGCGGCUAUUAUUGCUUGGUCUCUGUCAAAGAAGGCACGCUGACGGAUCCCAUCAAUGGGAAGUGA